GUUCAGCCCUGAUUGUAGUGUGUUGUAUGAUACUGCUGGGAACACUAGAUGCCAGUGUACGAAGGUCAUACAUCAGCCGUCACUAUUGCGGUAGUGACCUGUCGAAUGCUUUGAGUGUUCUCUGCGACGGCAACUAUAAACGAUCUGAUCUGCCGACCAAUAUCAAUACUGCCUCAAUAAUUCCUGACUACAAAAACGAAAAUGAUUGGGGAUUGAUGUUGGCUCGCCAGAACGCCUUGUCAGUGAUGCGGUCGACGGGGCGGAAAGACAAACGAGGAAUUAUUGAGGAAUGUUGCCGAAGUCCCUGCACUGUUGACGAACUCAGGGAAUACUGCAACAGGGACGAGGAAUGAGUUUACUGAGUAACUCAGUUGUGUUCACUGCGUUUUAACUUGUAUUCAGUAUUUUAUAAACAAGGCAAAACAGAUUAUUUUUCACUACAACUUUUCGAUUUAAAACCUUUCUAUACAGUGUUGCAGAUUUCCAUAGAUCAUUAGAUAUUUAAGAAAACAAUGCCAUAUGAAGAUAUAAAAACUAAAGGUUGUUGUUCUAGAUAUAUCGCAAUACCUUUGGCUAAAAGACUGACAAAGAGGGAAUUCAGCAAUUGCUCUUGUGGUACACCUCUUAUAUUUGUGAGGAUAGUGAUAAUUUGAUUAUUCUAAUUAAGACAGACUUUUAAUGUAUGUAUUAAGUUCUGGGUGUACUAAAAUACAUAGACAAAUAAAUG